GGAAUGCUUAUUUUCUGCUCGCCAAUCGAAUUUUCCUUAGUUUAAACCCUAUUUUCUUCAUCUUCUAGGGUUUCGAAAAGGGGGAGAGUGAAAGAUAUACAUACACACGAAAGGGUUAAAGAUGUCUCUUCCGCUACUGGAGUGUAAGUACGUGACGGAGGAGUUUGUUCGUGAAGGUAAGAAUGGCAACUAUGGAACCAAGCUGCCCAGCUCUGUACCGAUGCUUCGUUUCCUCUACGAGCUCUCUUGGAUUUUGGUUCGUGGCGAAUUGCCAAUUCAGAGCUGUAAGGCAGUGUUGGACGGUGUGGAGUUUUUGGAUAAACCAUCCAAGGAUGAAUUAGCUUCUUGUUUUUCGGAUGUUGUGACUCAGAUAGCUCAAGACCUUACCAUGUCCGGAGAUCAACGUUCUCGCCUAACCAAAUUGGCGAAAUGGCUUGUGGAAUCACAGACAGUCCCUCUAAGGCUUUUCCAAGAGCGUUGCGAGGAGGAGUUUCUCUGGGAAGCUGAUAUGGUUAAAAUAAAGGCCCAAGAUUUGAAGGGGAAAGAGGUGCGAUUAAACACUCGCCUUCUGUACCAGCAGACAAAGUUCAACUUACUCCGUGAAGAAAGCGAGGGAUAUGCCAAAUUGGUCACUCUUUUGUGCCGAGGAUCUGCAAGUUCUUCGCACAAUGCAUCAGCAGCAACGAUGGGAAUUAUCAAGUCAUUAAUUGGGCAUUUUGACCUGGAUCCAAACCGUGUUUUCGACAUAGUUUUGGAUUGCUUUGAACUCGAACAAGAUUACGACACAUUUCUCAAUCUAAUUCCUAUCUUUCCUAAGUCUCAUGCUUCACAAAUUCUUGGAUUUAAAUUCCAAUACUAUCAGAGAUUAGAGGUGAAUAGCCCUGUUCCAGUUGGGCUCUAUAAGCUUACAGCCUUGCUAGUAAAGGAAGAGUUUAUCAAUCUUGAAAGCAUAUAUGCACAUCUGCUACCUAAGGACGACGAAGUUUUUGAAGAUUAUAAUGUUUCUUCUGCAAAGCGAUUUGAAGAGGCCAAUAAAAUUGGAAAAAUUAAUCUCGCUGCUACUGGGAAGGAUCUUAUGGAGGAUGAGAAGCAAGGAGAUGUCACAGUAGAUCUCUUUGCUGCUUUAGACAUGGAAAGUGAGGCUGUUACUGAGCGAUUACCAGAGCUUGAAAAUAAUCAGACUCUGGGCCUUCUUAAUGGUUUCCUCUCUGUGGACGAUUGGUAUCAUGCCAAUAUCUUGUUCGAGCGUCUUGCACCUCUUAAUCCAGUGGCACACGAUCAGAUUUGUAGUGGCUUGUUUAGGCUUAUAGAGAAGUCAAUUACUCAUUCUUAUCGCAUUGCUCGUCAGACACGUGUUCAAAAUUCUUCUUCUGCGGGCACAGAUAAGAUCACACACACUGCUAAUAGGACUUAUCUAGAUCUUCCGAAAGAAGUGUUUCAAAUGCUUGUUACUGUUGGACCCUACCUGUACCGCAAUACACAAUUGUUGCAGAAGAUUUGUAGAGUAUUAAGGGCUUACUAUUUGUCGGCCUUAGAUCUUGUUCGCGAUGGGUCAAAUCAAGAAGGUAGUGCAUAUGAAGUUUCUCGUGUGCACCUGAAGGAAGUUAGGUUGAGAGUGGAAGAAGCUCUAGGAACAUGCCUUCUGCCUUCAUUACAGUUAGUACCUGCAAAUCCAGCAGUUGGACAUGAGAUUUGGGAAGUGAUGAGUCUCCUUCCAUAUGAGGCUCGUUAUCGCUUAUAUGGUGAGUGGGAAAAGGACGAUGAGCGGAAUCCUUUGUUGUUGGCAGCAAGGCAAGUGGCAAAGUUGGAUACUAGAAGAAUUCUGAAACGGCUUGCAAAAGAAAAUUUGAAGCAGUUAGGAAGGAUGGUGGCGAAACUAGCUCAUGCCAAUCCCAUGACGGUGCUUCGGACAAUUGUAAAUCAGAUUGAAGCAUACAGAGAUAUGAUUGCUCCUGUUGUGGAUGCCUUCAAGUACUUGACACAGCUUGAGUAUGAUAUCCUGGAAUAUGUCGUGAUUGAGAGACUGGCACAAAGCGGACGAGAUAAACUUAAAGACGACGGGAUUAAUUUAUCAGACUGGCUUCAAUCUUUGGCAUCAUUUUGGGGUCAUCUGUGUAAGAAGUAUCCAUCAAUGGAGUUAAGGGGUCUUUUCCAGUAUCUCGUGAACCAGUUAAAGAGGGGCCAAGGGAUCGAGCUUGUUCUUCUCCAGGAACUGGUCCAGCAGAUGGCAAAUGUACAAUACACUGAGAACCUUACCGAAGAUCAGUUGGAUGCCAUGGCAGGAAGUGAGACUUUACGUUAUCACGCAACAUCCUUUGGCAUGACGCGAAACAACAAGGCACUUAUCAAAUCAUCAAACCGUCUGCGAGAUUCGUUACUUCCAAAUGAUGAACCAAAGUUAGCUAUCCCCCUUUUGUUACUUAUCGCCCAGCAUCGUUCUCUAGUUGUGGUGAAUGCGGAUGCACCAUAUAUUAAGAUGGUCACUGAACAGUUCGACAGAUGUCAUGGAAUUCUUCUCCAAUACGUAGACUUCCUUUCUAGUGCUGUCAGUCCGGCUACUGCUUAUGCUCGGCUGGUACCUUCGCUUGAUGAGCUUGUUCACACAUACCAUCUCGAACCAGAGGUCGCUUUUUUGGUAUUUCGCCCUGUGAUGAGGCUCUUCAAGUGUCGACGGAAUGGUGAUGUUUCAUGGCCUUUGGAUAGUGGGGAAUCUAUGGAUGCGGAUUCUGAAAUAUCAGAGUCUGAGAGUUCCAUGAUUCUCGAUGUCGGUGCAUCUGAAAAAGCUGUAAAGUGGUCUGAUGUUCUUGAUACAGUAAGGACAAUGCUGCCCUCAAAAGCUUGGAAUAGUCUAUCGCCAGACCUCUACGCUACUUUUUGGGGGCUUACACUUUAUGAUCUCCAUGUUCCCAGAAAUCGUUAUGAGUCUGAGAUAUCUAAACAGCAUGCUGCUCUUAAGACACUUGAAGAGGUUGCUGAUAAUUCUAGUUCAGCAAUUACCAAGAGGAAAAAAGAGAAGGAAAGGAUUCAAGAGUCUCUUGAUCGUCUAACCGGUGAACUGAAAAAGCAUGAAGAACAUGUGGCUUCUGUCCGUAGAAGGCUUUCACGUGAAAAAGAUACAUGGUUGAGCUCCUGUCCUGAUACUUUGAAGAUUAAUAUGGAGUUCCUGCAACGUUGUAUAUUCCCUCGUUGCACAUUUAGCAUGGCAGAUUCUGUGUACUGCGCGAUGUUUGUACAUAUGCUUCACUCUCUUGGAACACCCUUUUUCAACACUGUCAACCACAUUGAUGUACUGAUUUGUAAAACGCUGCAACCAAUGAUCUGCUGCUGCACUGAAUAUGAAGUUGGAAGACUUGGGAGGUUUUUGUUUGAGACCUUAAAGAUUGCAUACCACUGGAAGAGCAAAGAAUCAGUCUAUGAACAUGAGUGCGGAAACAUGCCAGGGUUUGCUGUUUAUUAUAGAUACCCUAACAGCCAGCGUGUCACAUUUGGACAAUUUGUGAAGGUACAUUGGAAAUGGAGUGGAAGAAUCACACGGCUUUUGAUCCAGUGUCUGGAGUCUAAUGAGUAUAUGGAGAUUCGUAAUGCCCUAAUUAUGUUAACAAAAAUAUCUGGUGUUUUCCCAGUUACUCGGAAAACUGGGAUAAACCUUGAGAAACGGGCAACCAAGAUUAAAAAUGAUGAGCGAGAGGACCUUAAGGUUCUAGCAACUGGUGUUGCCGCUGCUCUGUCUGCAAGAAAACCACAUUGGGUUACAGACGAAGAAUUUAGCAUGGGCUUCCUUGAACUAAAGGCUCCGCCAGUACAUACUCCAAAACAUGCCUCUUCCCAUGCUUCUUCCCAGAAUGGCUUGUUAGUUGGUGUCUCCCAAGGUGAACCAACUGGGGAAAGAGCUACUAAUAACCAGCAGCCUGAGUCUGGUGGAUUGGGCAAGGACCAGAUGUUGAAAACUAAACCUCUAGAUGGAAGAACGGAAAGUAUACCUUCAAAAUCUGAUCAAGGACAUCUAAAAUCAAAGGGUGGCAAUCCAUUGGAUGCCCAACCCACCAUGUCUAGGAAGUCAAUGGAACAAAAGGAAACAGAUGAAACACCCCGAAUACUUGAUGAGAAUCCUGUCAAAGCUCCUUCUAAGUAUUCUGAAGCCGAGUUGAAACCUUCCUCUAAACGAAGUGCAUCGGUGAACAAAUCUACAAAGCAAGAUUUUGGAAAAGAUGAUGGAAAGUCCGGUAAAGCUGUUGGAAGAACAUCCACAGCUGACAAAGAUCUUAAUUAUCUGGAGACCAGGCAAUCAGGUUUGACCAAAGCUCUUUCCAGCACAGCAGCCAAUGGUAACAUAGCUACUGGGUCGUCCAAAGUAAAAGAUGAUGGUGCUGAAGCUUUGGAUGCACAAAAGCAAUCUUCUCGGACUGUUCAUUCCCCUAGGCAUGAAAUUGUCACUUCUGUGAGAUCGAGUGAUAGGUUACAAAAACGAACUAAUGCUGUUGAGGAUAGUGAAAGAAUAAGUAAACGUCGUAAAGGAGAUGCUGAGCACAAAGAGCAUGACAGUGAGCCUCGAUCGAGUGACCGAGAUAGAUCAGCAGAGGCUCGAUUGGAUUUAAACAAAACAGUUACUGAUGACCAAAGCACCCAUAGGGAUCAAGAUAGAUCAAAGGAUAAGGGUUAUGAAAGACAGGAUAGAGAGCACAGAGAAAGAGUUGAUCGUUCUGAGAAACCUCGUGGAGAUGAUGUUGAGAAAGCACGAGACAAAUCCUUGGAACGUCAUGGUAGAGAGCGCUCAGUUGAGAAGGGUCUAGAUAAAGGAACAACUAGGAGUUAUGAAAGAAACAAAGAUGAUAGAAGCAAACUGCGUCAUAGUGAGGCAUCACUUGAGAAAUCUCAUCCUGAUGAUCAUUUUCAUUCUCAAGGUUUACCCCCACCUCCACCUUUACCUCCUAACAUCGUUCCACAUUCUAUGGCCGCGAAAGAAGAUCUCGAAAGAAGGGCUGGAGGUGCAAGGCAUUCUCAGAGGCUUUCCCCGAGGCAUGAUGAUAGAGAGAGACGACGCUCUGAAGAGAAUUUAUCAGUUUCUGUGGAUGAUGCAAAACGUAGAAGAGAUGACGAUAUUCGGGACCGAAAGCGAGAUGACCGAGAAACAAUCACUGUGAAGGGAGAAGAAAGAGAAAGGGAAAGAGAGAGAGAAAGAGAAAGAGAAAGAGAAAAAAGCCUCCCUUUGAAAGAUGAUUUUGAAGCCUCCAAGAGAAGGAAGCUUAAGAGGGAGCAACAGGUCCCAUCUGCAGAGCCAGGAGAAUACUCUCCUAUGCCACUUCAAUCGUCUUUAUCGACUGGUAUGGGACCAUCAUCGUACGAAGGCAGAGAGCGGAAGAGCAGUAGUAUGAUUCAACACGGAGGCUAUCUUGAAGAGCCAAGCAUCAGACUUCUUGGAAAAGAAGCUUCCAGCAAGAUGGUUCGUCGUGAUCCUGACCCAAUGUAUGACCGUGAAUGGGAAGACGACAAGAGGCAGAGAGCAGAGCGGAAGCGGAGAGAUCGGAAGUAGAGAGUGAUGAUUCGCAGAUCCUUUGGUUUGUUCAAUGAAGAGAGAGACAAAAUGCCUGGUAUUGUUGUACACAUACUAUUCAAAUGACCAUGCGGGUCUAAUUUGUCAUUUCCCUCCGCUGAGUUUGAUAAAUGACUUGCAAGACU